AUGACCUCAAGCGCCAUUACCCUCAUACCCGACACAAUCGUUCAACAGGCGAAUCAGUCCUGCGUCCUGAUGUUUGCAGUACCUGUUUUCGGCGAAGUGGAAAUUUUUAUUCACGGUAGCCUAAGAAAACUGAGUGCUAGAAAGAAAGAUGUACAAACAUUUGUCUUCAACAUUCCUGAACUCGCUGAAGGCACUCACAAAUUGAGCAUCUUUGUGUCGCAUCAAAUGAUUCCUGCCAAACUGUCCAUCACUGUCACCAGCCCCAAACCCAGCAAAUGUUUAUGUGAUUACAUUUUUCAAAUACUCGAUUCAGAGGAUUUCAAACCGCUUGAUACAGCUUUGAAGACAUCCAUGGAAAACGAUUACAGCAAUAGAUUGUUUUACCAAAAUAUUUCCAAACCGAAUCCAGAUUUUCCAGAAUUCCCAACCGCACUCCAUUUUGCGUCCAAACACGGAAUGAUUGAUGUUCUAAAACAUUUGCUGGAUCUUCCUGGGGCCAACGAAGCACUGGCCAUAAAAAACAAUAACAACAUGAAUUGCUUAGACAUAGCUAAGGACUCGAAACAUUCUAGCUUAUUAGUUCCCCUUUUGGAGGAACAUUUUGAAGAGGAUUUUUAUAUAGACAUGACUCAAAAUAAUUCAUAUAUAGAAAUGCUGAGAGAUCACAAGCGAAAGAGUGAUCCUCCCGAGAUUCCAGAAUCAUCUUCUGAUAAAAUAAAAUCAUGA